AUGUGUAAACAUAUAUUAAACGCACAGGUUUCGAUCAGGGCACCAUGUUGUAAACGAUGGUUCGAUUGCGCAGAUUGUCACAACGAGGCUUCGGACCAUCUGAUUCGAAAAACACUCGAGAUGGUCUUUGCUUGCAAAAAAUGUAAAAAAGUUUUUCGUAAAGACAUGGAAAACUUUGAGGAAACAGAUGAAUAUUGUCCUAGAUGUGAUAAUCAUUAUAUUAUUGAUGCCAAAACGCCACAAUUUGGUAUUGGUGUUGAGGGAGAGGAUCCAAGAUUAGACAAUAGAAUGAUGAAGGAUGAACGUAUGAAAAGUGAUCCUGAGAAGAGCAUUUUCAAUCAAGAUGUAUCAAAUCGAUUGGGAUAG